AUGACACGUCAUAAACGACGUCAUUCAUCUGAUCGUUGUACUGAUGAUGAGCAUUCACGUUCAUCAUAUUAUCAUAAACCUCGACGACGUUCAUCAAUAAAUAAUGAUACAAAUAGUUCAAGUGACAGACAAAAAAAUAGUCGAUCAAGAUCGACAUCGUCAUCAAUAACAUCAUCCUCAUCAUCUACAGCAUCCUCAUCAUCAUCUCGAUCAGAUGGUUCUGCUCGACGAACGAAUUCAAAUCAUCGGCGUUCUAGACGAAAAUAUGAUAGAAAGCGACGAGACGAUCAUCAUCAUCGUCGUCGUCGACGAACAAGAUCACGAUCCAAAAGACGGUGA